AUGAGAGUAGCUUCUCAAGUAAACACUAACUCUACAGAUAGACCCUCCUCAGUCUCUUCCCAAGUUGAAUUGAUUCUAGAUCACAACUAAUUCUUGCAGAAUCAUAGACUCAGCAACUACAAUUCAAAGUCUCCCAGCAAAUCUAACCUGAGAGUCAUUAACAGCAUGAUAUCUCCUGAAAAGAAGUAUAUCAAUCAGCGACUCAAUAUCAAGAUGUUCUAUUAGGAAUAGAUCAGCAUCAAGCCCCCAGAGAACUAGAUAGAGGACUAGCAAAGAGUGCAGUCAUCUAUUAAAGAUAUUGUGAUGAAGUAAUUGAAGUCAGAGAUGAGUAAUUACAGUUCAGACACCAUGCCUUACACUGAGACUAAGCCUAGUGAUCGAAAGCAGAUAAUAAACUUAGUUGGGGUAGGACCUGAGAGAAGUGAAACUGCAGACAAUCUUCAGAGCAGGAAUGAUUUUCAGUUGGAAUCUAAACUUGAUAAUGGAUUUAAGAAUUGCUAGUCAAUUGAAUCACUCAAUUAAAAUGGGUCGCAGACUAUGUUGAUUACAGACAAAAUACAGAAUAACUCUGUGCAGAUAUACAUCCAAAACAACAGAAAAUCUAUGCAAACUGAUCACAAUUUACUGUCAAAGCAUAAAGUCAACCUUUCAAGUUCACAGAAUAGCAAUGACUAUGAUUAGAAUAAUCCAAAAAUGAAUAAAAAUCAAUAAUGCAACACCUCAUUCACUAGAAACUAAUCAGUUCUGCACAAUAAUCAAAAUCAAAAUAAACUGAAUUCACAGCUGCUUCCAUCAAUCAAACUUAACAAUAGCUCUUUAGAUACGAUUCACUCAAGUUAAUCUAGGAUUGCCAAUCAAUCCAUUUUACAUAAAUAUGUCCUAGAUAGCAGUCUCUAAUAUCCUUUUACCUAUGAAAACAAUAGCAGCUUCUAAUAUAAUAGCAAUUCAAUAACCAGAAUGGCUGCAGUUCCAUCCAAGCUAAGUAAAAGCUUUCUCAUUAAUAAAAGAUCCAUGCUUAGAAAGAAUUUCGAACGAAAACUUGACCCCAUUAUACAAAACCCUUACAAAUAGAUAUCCAGUUCAUUCGCUGUUGGAAAUAGAGAUAGAUUUGGCUAGCCUUAUGUGCCAACGAGGCCAUAGGAAAUCAAGCCAGGUCCUGGCUAUUAUAACGUCGGCCAAAUCUUAGAAAGACAAGUGAAUAUAAGUCCAUUUCACGGGGUUCAAAAAAAGAUCAUGUCAAAGGGUAAAAUUUCAAUACACAAGGCUUAAAAUAGUUUAUGA